CGCGUCGUGAAGCUUGCUAGCUCUGUGCCUGACCAUGUCUGCGGUUUGGAAUUAUUUCCAAGUGUCUCCUUCGGAUAUUAAACUGGCGAUUUGCAACGACUGCAAAGCGAUGGUUAUGCGAGGCGGAACCAAGACUUCUUCCUUCAAUACUUCGAAUUUAAUCUCCCACCUCAGGAUGAAUCAUUCAGAGAGAUACGCGGCAUUUGUACAGCAAAGUAAUGAAACGAAGCAACAGAGACAGGCUGCACUGAAAAAAAACACUCAGUUGACGCUUAAAGAGUCAACCGAGAAAAAACAAAAAUACAACAAGGACCACCCCAGGGCGAAAGCCAUCUCUCAGAAAAUCAUGGAGUGUAUCGCACUGGAUAACCAGCCCUUUUCUAUCGUGCAAGACGCCGGAUUCACCAAACUUGUGGAGUUCCUCGAGCCACGCUUUGCCAUGCCCAAUCGCAAGUAUUUCUCAGAUGUUUGCUUACCUGAGCUGUACAGUGUUGUUUACAGCCACGUCGAGAAGCUAAUUGCUGAUGCUGUAUCCAUUAGCUUCACAACAGAUAUCUGGUCUUCAAGCGUUAGCCAGGUUAGCAUGUUGAGCUUGACUGCUCAAUGGCUAGAUAAGGAUUUUGUGCUUAAAAAGUCUGUGCUUCAUUCUCAAGAGUGCCGUGGGUCUCAUACGGCAGAAGCAAUCGCAUCUGCUUUUGAAGGGAUGUUUGAAACAUGGAAAAUCUGCAAGGAGAAAGUGCAUGUAGUAGUCAGAGACAACGCACGCAACAUGGCCAAAGCUACGUCAGAGUUUGGUGUCCAAAGUCUGCCCUGCAUGGCGCACACCUUGCAGCUCGCAGUGAAUGGAGGUGCCCUGUCUCAACGCAGCAUUGCAGAUGCCCUGGCUGUGGGGAGGCGAGUUGUAGGCCACUUCAAGCACUCACCGCUUGCUUGCAGUCGUUUUGAAGACAUACAAAAAGAACUCAAUAUGCCUGUGAAAAAGCUCCAACAAGACGUCCCCACCAGGUGGAAUUCGACCUAUUAUAUGAUGCAGAGCCUGGUGGAGCAGAAGAGGGUUUUAAGUGCGUAUGCUGCUGAUUAUGAACUCCCAACAACACUGACAGCAACUCAGUGGGGAAUUUUGGAGAAGAUGACCACCGUACUGGAACCCUUUGAACAGCUAACCAAGGACAUCAGCUCUGCGGAGGCCACUGCUGCAGAUGUCAUCCCUGGUGUGGUAUCCCUGACACGGCUGCUCGCCAAGAUGGAUGAAUCAGACAAAGGUGUGCAAACAGCCAAACAUGCUCUAUUGGAAGCUGUCAGUAAACGCUUUAAUGGUGUGCAAAGUGAACCUCUUUAUGCAAUUGCAACCAUGGUUGAUGCUCGUUACAAAGACCGUUAUUUUGACCUGGACAACAAGGAAGGAGCACGGAAUAUGCUGCUGAAGAUUGUGGAUGAAAUGGCCAGCGUGGGCAAUGAUCAACAAGAAAAGGCUGCUGGUGCCAGUGCAGAUGACCCAGGCCAGGAAGACCAGGAGCCCCCACCUAAGAGGGCCCGAACUGGGAGCCUGCAGGACAUGUACCAAGAAAUUCUCGCAGAGAAUGAUGUCACCAAACAAGCAACUACAGGCGAAACAGCAUCACAGGUGUAUGCAUACCUGGGAGAACCCACCAUCCUCAAGACAGCGUGCCCUUUGAAGUACUGGAGGUCCACCCACGCCCGCUUCCCUGCGCUUGCCCGAGUUGCACGCAAGUACCUCACUGCACCCUGUACCAGCGUAGACAGCGAACGGCUGUUCAGCGCCAUCUCCAAUGUCAUCGAUGAGAAGAGAAAUCGCAUACAUUGCGACAAUGCUGAGAUGCUUAUUUUCAUUCAGAAAAAUCUACCUCUCCUGGACAAGGGAAAAAAUUAGACCAGUCAUAGAGGCGAGUCAGCAUCAGUCUUUCAGCCUCAUUUAUUGCACUUCAAAAGGAGCGUCAUGUUUACUUGUCUGGCCUGAAGCUGUUUUUAUUUUUUGUGCCUUUCUUGUUUAUAUUUGCACCUUUUUGUUACUCAUACGAAAGAGCAGGGUUGACUGAGCCCAGUUUAUGAUGAUUGUGUUGGCAAAGUUAUGGCCUGUUAUGAAGGCCAGUCGGACUUUUAGCCUUGUUCACUUGAAGAAGGACUUUGUUUACUACUCUGGAAGGUCUGGACUGAAACUUUGUGCCUUCCUUGUUCUUAUGCUCAUGUGGAGCAGUGCUGAUUGUGCCCAGCUUAUAAUUUCAAUGAUUGCAUUAGCCCAAGUAAUGGGCUUGUAUUUAUUUUGCACUUUAAAAUGUUUCCUUGUUUUGCACUUUACCAAAUGCCAAAGUAUUGUUUGUAGCUCAAAGAAAUGUGCAGUUUUCAAAUUUGUACAGUUUAGUUGCCACAUUGAUUGUGAAUUAAUUCAAUUAAGGUGAUUGAGUUUUAGUGAAAGAAAUAGUCCAUGAAGCAGCCUACAAAUGCAGGCUAAAUUAACACUGCAAGAAGAAGAGUAGCCUGUCUGUUAUUUUAGUUUAUUUAGUUGUUAUUUUAGUUACAUGCUGCACGUAGUUCUACAGGUACAAUGUUUUACAAUGUGUGAAGAAGUCAAAUUUGCCCUAUUUGUAAGGAGCAUUGUCAAGAAUAUCUCAGACAGUGUGAUCCAAACUGUUGUUUGAGACAAUUUAAAAAUAAAUAAAUAUGGCACUUUUUCCACAACUCAAGUUGAAGUA